CGCGCACUGUCCUGAACAUGGCCGCCGCCGCCGCUGCCGCUCGCCUGUCUGCCGGAGCCUGUAGCACAAGACAGAAUGACAGCUCAGAAUAUUCCUGAGGAAGAAAUAUCCGGGGACGUGGAAAUGGAAGGAUUUACGAGAGAGGGUCCCCAUUUCUCCAUUCCAGGUGACAAUUGGGACUGUAAGAGCUGGGAGGGACACCUGAGGCAAUCGGCUUUAACUCAGGAAAAGCCAGGGGCUCGGGAAGCAAUUUGUGAGUGUCCUGGACUUGGGAGGCCUUUGAGUGCAAGCUUAGACCUUCCACCAUCUCAGAGGAUUCCUACAACAAAUGGUUUCCAUGUGCAUGACUCAGAGAUUAGAAGUUUGGAUUGUGACCCAGCUUUCUACAGUUCUCAAAAAGGUUGUAUAGCUAAGAGAACUAGUGACAGCGAUGCCUGUGGAAAAGCCUUCAGCCAUUCCACUGAAGUUAUUCAACAACUUGGAAGAAAUCAAAUGAAAGAGAAGCCCUGUAAAUACCCUGAAAGUCUUGAGUCUUUUGACCAUUUUACCCCUCUUGGUGAACAAAAAAUAACAAAAAGAGGGAAGAAAUUCUAUGAAGGCAAGGAAUUUGGGGACAUCUUUGCCUUGAGUUCAUCUCUUAAUGAAAUCAGGAGGAGUCACCCUGGGGAGAAGCUGUACAAAUGUACCGAAUGUGACAAGUGCUUCAAACGGAACUCUUCUCUUGUUUUGCAUCACCGAACUCACACUGGAGAGAAACCUUAUACCUGUAAUGAGUGUGGAAAAUCCUUUUCUAAGAACUACAACCUGAUUGUGCAUCAAAGAAUCCACACAGGAGAGAAGCCCUACAAAUGCAGUAAGUGUGGGAAAGCUUUCAGCGAUGGGUCAGCUCUGACACAACAUCAGAGAAUUCAUACCGGAGAGAAACCUUAUGAAUGCCUAGAAUGUGGAAAAACCUUCAACCGAAAUUCAUCCCUGAUUUUGCAUCAAAGAACUCAUACAGGGGAAAAACCAUACAGGUGUAAUGAGUGUGGGAAGCCUUUCACAGACAUUUCCCACCUCACUGUACAUCUCAGGAUCCACACUGGAGAGAAGCCCUACGAAUGUAGCAAGUGCGGAAAGGCUUUCCGGGAUGGCUCAUACCUCACCCAGCACGAGAGGACUCACACUGGAGAGAAACCCUUUGAAUGUGUGGAGUGCGGAAAAUCCUUCAACCGUAACUCUCACCUCAUCGUACAUCAGAAAAUCCAUUCUGGGGAGAAGCCCUAUGAGUGUAAAGAGUGUGGGAAGACUUUCAUCGAGAGUGCGUACCUUAUCAGGCACCAGAGAAUUCACACUGGUGAGAAGCCCUAUGGCUGUGACCAGUGUCAGAAACUUUUCAGGAACAUUGCCGGACUCAUCCGGCACCAGAGGACUCAUACUGGUGAGAAGCCCUAUGAGUGUAGUCAAUGUGGCAAAGCCUUCAGGGACAGCUCCUGUCUGACCAAGCACCAAAGAAUUCACACCAAGGAGACUCCUUACCAGUGUCCAGAGUGUGGGAAGUCCUUCAAGCAGAACUCUCACCUUGCAGUACAUCAGAGACUACACAGCAGGGAAGGUCUCAGCCAGUGUCGUCAGUGUGGGAAAACCUUUAGAAGGAACUCAGCCCUGGUUCGACAUCAGAGAACACACCCUGGAGAGCAACCCAAAGAAAUAUAAUAAAUGUGGGUACACUCGUUUCCCAAAUGCUCUUGAAAACCUGUGUGAAGGAGGGGUGUCUUCAGGGAUUACUGCUCCCUGUCAUUACAAAAGAAUUUUUAAAUUCAUGUGAUAAAAUCUUUGUUUUUUAAUUUAUUGAGUUUUUUAGAGAGAGGGGAAGGGAGAGAGAGAGAAACAUUGAUUUGUUGUUCCACUUAUUUGUGCAUUCAUUGGUUGAUUCUUGUAUGUGCCCUGACCUGGGAUCAAACCCGCUACCUUGGUGUAUUGUAACUGCGCUCUAACCAACUGAGCUAAAUGGCCAGGGCCAAGAAUUUUUUUUUUUAACUAAAAAAGUAUAUCAACUGCAAUGCCACUCUCUCUGAUACUCAUCAUUAGUAUUCUAGUGGCCGUCCUUUCCCCAUCUUUUUAUAUGUACAUAAUUUUGCAUGGUUGGGGUUACAUUACACACAUGGUUUUUAAAUAUAGAAAUGUAUUUUAAAAUAUUUCUCUUCCCUAUCCAGUAAAUUGAAUGUGAGACAUUCUUUAGCCAUAUUAUUAAGUUGAUACAUUAGGGAACUCCUGGAGGGAACCCAAGAUGGUAAUAAAUGUGGAAAAGGCUUCAGGAAUGAUCAGCCUGUAUGGAACAUGAUAGUGCAUACACUGGAAUAAAACCUGUGGAUGUCAGGAAGAUGUUUCUCCGUAGACACCCAACUUCCUAUGUCAGAGUGUGUAAACUGAAAGAACCUGUGAAUGUAUUCAGUAACUAAUUGGUACGAGGAAUCCUUUAAUUGGUAGUGUCUGCCUAUUGUACAUAAGCCAAAUCUUAGCAGAAUCAAGUGUGAUCAGUGAGAGCAGCUUUCGGCAGGAGCUCUUAUUGUCUUGUCUGGAUCAGCAGCAAUAUCCUGGUGAGAGGCUCCACAGUUCUCCACACCAUAGCAAGUGCAAAAUUUGAGGAGAUUGCUGUUUGGAUUUAUUUCCCUCCUGCCAGGUACUGAGGACUCAUUUCAGAGGAGGCACUUGGAGGAUGACAGUGCUUGUUAAUGAACAGUGACACUAUCCCUCUUAAGAAAAGACAAGCGGGCUCAUACUAGGAUACUGCGGGAUGCUGUAGAAAUGUGAUGCACUGCUUUAGUUGUUGCAACAGAAUUCCUGAGUUGUUAUGUUUACCUUUUCUCCCCCUGUUGUUCAUUUAGAAAACUUCUGAUUUGUUCCAUGCUGAACCAUAAUUGUAAAAGUUUUGUUGACAUAAUGAAAUGUUAUAAUAUGGCAGGCAACAACAAAAAAUGGCAUAAAGUAGAUUUGCUGCUGUAUGACAGCCAUGUGAAGAUAUGUUUACAUAUGGAUGUAGAAUGGACAUUGA